CAGAUGUAGAUUUACGUCUGACCACAAGCAAUCUCAACAUUAAGGUCUUAGUUCACUGAAACAUGUCAGCUUAAUGAUGCGCAUGCGUAGUUUGCAGCUGAGUUUGAACAUAUUCUAAAGAACACAAACGUGAGAAAGGAAAAACGAGGAAAAACUCUCAACAACAACGGAGAGCGCGAGAGUAAGUGGAACCAAAAAAAAAAAAAAAAGACGAAAAAACAACAACAACAACAACAACCGAACAUCUGGACCUCAUUUGUACCCUGGGGAGAGAGAGAAUAAUAUAGUAUAGUUUGAUAAACGUGACUUUUCGAUUCUGAACAUAUUCACUCAUUGACCAGUGCAAACAUCUUUGGAGACCGUCUGCAAUUCUAUAUAUUUUUGUAAUAAAUGUUUUUAGUGAACAGGGGGAUGAAAUCAUUACUUUGGCACCCUGAUCUGGACUGGGAAAGAAAGCUCUGUAGAGUCCUUGGGCGCGUGCGAGUGUGCGCGCGCGUGUGUCUAUUACGUGGUUGUGUCACCGCGCGCAACUCUUGAAGCUGUUGUUCGGCGAGUCCGUGAGAGCAGCAAUCGAACAGCGCGUGGAAUUACCCUACAACAGAUUUCUGAAUUUUACGGAAAGUACAGUCGUACCUGACGCGUCUUGAAGCUUUCAACACAAGCGAAGAAGACUGAUUUGUCCUUGGCGUUUAUCAUAGCCAUGGCUUCACUAUCGAUUCAAUUAAUGCCCAUUGCUCCACGAAAGUUUUGACUCCUAAAGAAUCCGUUUCCGUUGCAACUGUUGGCUCCCCCAAAUCGGAACCUUUUCGCAUCGGAAUUACGGAGUCUCAUAUGAACUUUGUGAAAGAAUAUUAAAUAGAGCGGCACGCGUUUCUUCUGUCUGCCGGGCAUCGCACAUGGGGUGACACUGAAGAGAUUCCUGGGCUGCUGAGACGUGACUUUGGGCCGGGCGUCUCAUUUCCUCUGCCCCUGCUGGCCCAGAAAAGCUCAGACAAGCUGCCCUCUGAAUGACUGCUGGCCAUAAGUUUGCAGGGCUUUGCAAAACCGUCACCAUGAGCAAGUACUCCCAGUACUCAAACAAGACUCUCAUAAAGGUCCAUUAUCUCAUUGCCAAACAGAUGACCAAGGAUGAAUUAAAUGAGCGCAUGGAAAAAAAAGAGAGCCUUAGCUCCCUGAACAUUUUAUUUGUAAUCAUCUGCAGUAUCAUCAUCUUGGAAAACCUCUUGGUGCUCAUUGCCGUGCUCCGCAAUAAAAAGUUUCAUUCAGCCAUGUUCUUCUUUAUCGGGAACUUGGCCUUCUCCGACCUACUGGCUGGGUCUGCUUAUAUUGCCAACAUCUUCCUGUCAGGGUCUCAGACAUUUCAGCUGACGCCUGUUCAGUGGUUUAUACGAGAGGGCACUGCUUUCAUUGCACUGGGUGCCUCAGUUUUCAGCCUGCUGGCCAUCGCUAUAGAGCGCUACAUUGCCAUCACCAAGGUCAAGGUCUACGGCUCCAACAAAACCUGCCGAAUGUUUCUUCUGAUUGGCACGUGCUGGGCUAUGUCCAUCUUUGUGGGAGGUCUUCCCAUUAUUGGUUGGAACUGUAUCAAUAACCUAGGGGACUGCUCCUCUGUCCUGCCUCUCAACUCCAGAUACUACAUCUUGUUUGUUGUCACCAUCAUUAGCAUCAUUCUACUGUCCAUUGUGAUCCUUUAUGUUCGCAUCUACCUUAUUGUGCGCACCAGUCACCAAGAGGCCACCAAUUCUCCAGCAUACGCUCUCCUGAAGACGGUCACCAUUGUGCUUGGUGUGUUCAUCGUGUGUUGGCUGCCUGCAUUCACCAUCCUUCUCCUGGACACUUCAUGUACAAUGAAAAAAUGCCCUAUCCUCAAUAAUGCCGGCAUCUUCUUUGGCAUUGCCACCCUGAACUCUGCACUGAACCCCUUAAUCUACAUGUUGCGGAGUAAGGACAUGAGGAAGGAGUUCCUCAGGGUUCUGUGCUGCUGGGGGCUGCUCAACUGUGGCAGACCUCCACACCGCUGCAUGGUGCCACUCAAGAGCUCGAGUUCAAUGGAGCACUGCACCAACAAACAUGAACAUCAGUCAACUCCCAUCAUGCAGGAUUGCACUACCUGUGUCUGAAGGUUUUUGAAGAUGGGAGGGAAGUUAAGCUGAAGAGAACCGAGAACUGAACUGAAGAAUACUCUUGGAGGCAAGAGACAACACAGAAGUGUUCGGAGACCUCAUGGAUGAUUUAAGAAACAACAAUCACAGUCAUUACCUAUGGACUAUUUAGAGCUCGAGUUCAAUGGAGUACUGCAGCAACAAACAUGAACAUCAAUCAACUCCCAUCAUGCAGGACUGCACUACCUGUGUCUGAAGGUUUUUGAAGAUGGGAGGGGAGUAAUGCUGAAGAGAACAGAGAACUGAACUGAGGAAUCCUCUUGGAGGCAAGAGACAACACAGAAGUAUUCAGAGACCUCGUGGAUGCUUUAAGAAACAAGAAUCACAAUCAUUACCUAUGGACUAUGAGCAAAUAUCACAGCUGUGGUACCAGACAUCCUUGUGUCCUUUGUUGUUUCUAUGCUUGCAAAGGUUCAUGACCAUUCCAGAAUGAAACUCACUUAACAACUGUUUAUCCACCACAUAUUUUACAUUUAAAGAUAUUAAAACCUUGAAUAUAUAUAUAUAUAUAUAUAUAUAUAUAUAUAUAUAUAUAUAUAAUAUUAUUAUUAUUAUUAAUAUUAUUUUUUUUUCACAUGUAUGCAAACUAAAAGCCAAAUCCAAAUGGGAAUGUUUUUGGAUAACAAGAAUAAAAAUGUAAUUUCCUUCUCUUAAUAAAUCAAAGUUGAAGAUAAUGCACUUUGUAGACUUCUAGACAGUUUGGGAUUGUAUAUUUCUGGUAUGCCGAACAAUCUAUCAGAAGUCACAUACAACAAACAUGCAACGUACAAAAUGUAUCCACAAGUAGGCUACCACUUUGAUGAACAGAUUAAAAUAAGGAUUGACAAUGCACUCCAUGUGAGCCAAACCACCAUGCAUGCUUGCAGAACUUCUAAUGUAUUUAUCUACUUGAUACACAUAAUGCCCUUUGAUUACAGACACAAAGUAUUCUGCUUCAUUGUAUUGCAUGAAAGUCUAACCUGUGUAAAAACUAAUAUGUAUUUUAAACUUGUGUACAAUUUUCAAUGUUA